CGUUGGACUAACACAAGGCGUCGGCCCCUGUCCCCUUCAAGAUGAGCACUUCCAGUGGCCGCGCGAGUGUAAGCAAUGGUGGUGUGCUGGGUACUGUGAUGACAAAGGAACUCACGGAGCAGGGGAAGGAUAUGCUGCUUGGGGCGUUGAACGGUGGUGGCCUCAACGCGGCCGCACACCACCUGUCCCCACCAGCCCCGGUUGUGUCGACAAAAUGCGCCGACACGUCGACACUCCGUCACGAUGAGCGCGACAGCGUUGCGUCGUCUGAAGCGUCCCGGUCGCAGCCGUCGUCGUUGAAAGGCGCAACUUCUCGACCUCCCCCACCAACCCACGAAGUGCAUUGGGAAGGGUACGUGCGGAAGAAGGGCGACUGGUUGCCGCGUUGGGAAGAACGAUACUUGGUCUUGGAUGGAGCGUCCCUUACGUACUACAACUCGAAGGAGGAAGCUCGCACGGGCAAGAACCUCCGUGGCCGAAUGAUCAUCACGAGGGUCUUGCCCGAGAACUACGGAAAAGCACACGGGUUCCUCAUCGAAACGAUGGGCCACAAGCACUUUCAUUUGUGUUGUACGACCGAGCUCGAGAAAGACAUGUGGGUCGAAAUGAUGCAGGCCGCGAUCGACGAAGGAGUCCACCACCCGAACCAGCCGUCGUCAACGACGAGCACGAACGCAUCCACGUUUGAUGUGAACGUACAAAUCCACUACUCUCCGACCCAAGUCGACCUCCGUAGCUUCUACAGCGCGUUCCGGAAGCUCCUGAUCUCGCACUCGUCGUCCCCGCAAUUCUUUCCCAAACUCAGCCGCGACGUCGUACUCACAUCCAACUACGCUCCGACCGUGCCGUUUUGGGGUGAAUACCACGGCCUGGACGGUGUGCUCCACUUCUUCUCGAUCUUGUACGAGACGGUCGAGUUCACGUCGUUUUUUGUCACGGACAUUGCGCAAGCGCACGAAGGAUCGACGGCGGUCGUCGCCGGCCGUGAAACGAUGAAAAACAAGCACAACAACCGCAAGUUUACACAGCAGUGGCAGCACACGAUCGAAUUUGCGCCGGACGGCCGCGUCAAGAGCCUCACCAUCACGGCGGAUCCCGUCGCGGCGUCGGCCGUGUUUGGCUGCAACGCCACAUCCAGUUUGAGUCUCCCAAUUGCGUCUGUGGUUGGAAAUACAAACCAAGACAACCCGGCAGGCACCGUGCUCGUGCACGUGCUUCGAGGCGAACAAAUGGGUGGGCUCGUCGAAGACGCCGACGACUCGGCCACAUCUCCCGUGCCGCCGACUCGCCGCCGCCUCUUCCUCGGCAUGCGUUUGAUCGUGGAUGGCAAGACCAACGUGUACGCCCCUCAGUCGUCUCAGAAAUGUGUGGCAAAAACAGACUUGUCGACCCUCGACUCGUUUCCGGACCCGAUCUGGUCGUCCCAGCACUCACUGCCAUUCCAGGGCCUCAGCCGCGGCAAGCCAUGCUUUAUGUUGAUUGAAGCGUGGGGAGUAGUCGACGACACGGACAAGGAAGAGCUCAUUGGGGUCGCCAAAGUCAACUUGGCACCGUUCCUGGCCCUCGCGAGCAGCAGUCGCACUGUUCGUGAAAGCGUCGUGCACACCGAUAUUGCCCGAGGGGCCGUGCCGCAGUGGUACACGCUCCUCAGUGCCAGCGAGACCAAGUUUUCGUGUGGCCGCGUGCAGCUCAGCAUCAGCUUCGAGUCGGAACCGACGACGUCGCUGGUCAACACCAUUUUCGAAGAAAACGAAGGAAAUGAACAGGCCGCCAUGUCUGCCGCCGAGGAGUCGGCGCUGCUGGCCGACUCGGCAACCAAAACCAUUCUGUCCAAGGAACGAUCGUACCGAGACACGCGCCGCGACAACCACUCGUUCCGCGUCGGCAAUACCACGUUCGACAUCCCGAAGCGAUACCAGAUGAUCAAGGCCGUCGGGCAAGGCGCAUACGGGUGUGUUAUUGCUGCGAGCGACACUGAGACGGGCCAGUCCCUUGCGAUCAAGAAUGUGCCGAAUGCAUUCAACGAUCUCGUGGACGCGAAGCGGAUCUUGCGCGAGAUUCGCCUCAUGAUGCACCUGAACCACCCGUACUUGGUCAACUUGCUCGACCUCAUUCGCCCGACGUCGCUUCGAGACUUCACCGACGUGUAUAUCGUGACGGACCUCAUGGAAACGGACCUCCACCGCGUGAUCCAUUCCAACCAAACUAUCACGGACGACCACUUGCAAUACUUUUUGUACCAAAUGCUCGUCGCCAUCAAGUACGUGCACUCGGCCGAGGUCCUUCACCGUGAUCUCAAGCCGAGCAACAUUUUGGUCAACUCGGACUGUGACGUAAAACUUUGCGACUUUGGCUUGGCCCGUGGCGUCCAAGGCGUUGACUCUGGACUCACCGAGUACGUCGUGACACGAUGGUACCGCGCGCCGGAGCUCCUCUUGAGCUCCAAGUACGACAAACCCGUUGAUGUGUGGGCGAUCGGGUGCAUUUUGGCGGAAAUGAUCGGCCGUCGACCGCUUUUUCCUGGUCAAGACUACCUGCACCAACUGAAAAUCAUCAUGGACGUGGUCGGGUCGCCAGAAGAAUCCUCGCUCGACUUUAUUACCAACCCCAAGGCGAAACGAUUCAUUUUGAAGCAGCCCAAGAAACCGCGGCUGCCACUGAAUUCCAUUUACCCGCGCGCGACCGACCUCUGCCUCGAUUUGUUGGACAAGAUGCUCGCAUUCGACCCACGCACGAGAAUAACGAUUGACGAUGCGCUCGAGCAUCCGUAUUUGGCCCAAGUGCGCGACAAGUCGGUCGAAACCACCGCCGACAAACCGUUCGACUUUAGCUUUGAAGAUUGCGACUUGACCCGAAAGAAGCUGCAGGAACUCAUCUUUGAAGACGUGUGCCACUUUCACCCGGAAACCCUCGAGGAAGUGAGCGACUCGUCCGAGGCAGUCGUGUAAUGCCGCAAAAGCAAAAUCCUUUGAAUUGCUUGAGUGCUCCACCAGAGCAUUAAAAGACGGCGAGUGGGGUGGACAUCGGGGGCCGCACGAGCGCCGCGUACGACGUGAGCAUGGAAUCGCUUGUAGGGAACCGCCGCAGGCCUUCCAUGAGCAAUAUCUCGACGCGAAUCGACGUGGCCGCCGCGUCCAUCGCGUACAGCGGCGGCUUGUCCACUACAGACAACACAUCUUCCGGCGACGAAAACGCAUGGCCGAGGGACGAUACGUCCCACAUCAGAUUGGCGAAGAUCGCGCGCCACGACCAACUCGGUUGGGCGGGGAACGCUUCGACGACUACACCAAAGCGCGCGUGGAGCUGCGUCUUCCACACACGAGACGUUUGCAAGAUGUGGCGGAUGGCGCGGCAGGUCUUUGUCAGCUGACCCAGCGCCGCACUGUCCAAGUAGACGAAUGUAAUCUCCAACACUUCGUUUGGGAGUUCGUGGGACGGAUGAAGUGGCAUGGCUUCUCGAUGAGAUCGAAAGAUGAAAGGGAACUGUCCAGCGGAGAUGCAAACGCGCUCUCUCUGCCACGUCGAUUCCGU